UUCCAUAUAUAAACAGAGUUGCACAACAGUUCAGCAGCGGCGAAGUAAAAAUUAAAUUUUAUUAAUUAAACAGCCCGAAAUAUGCUGCGAGCCGGCUGCCAACUGCUGACGCAGUCCGCUCUUCCUGCCGGAAAGACGGGAGGGAAUAGUUUUGCCCUGGAGUUCGUCCGCUGGCGCCGGAAGCCCCGAUGGCUACCGGUGGCCAAAAGCAAGUUGUUCCGCGUGCCCGAGCGCAAGAAGCAGACAGAGGAGGAGCGCACAGAGCUCAUGAGGCUCCACAACCACUACAAAACCCAGCUGCGGUCAGUGCGCCAGUUUCUAAGGGAAGAAGUUGUCCGACAUGAGGAGACCUCCACCGCAGACCAUAUCGUACUCACUCCCGAGCAGGAGGAGGCCGAGUUCCAAAAGUGUCUGGACGUCAAUGCCGCCUGGAACGCUGCCAUCGCCAAGGAGCGGGAUCAGCGAUUGGCAAAGGAGCGAGAGGAGAAGGUGGCGUAUGUUCAAGAGCGGUUGGAGGCACGACAGGUGCGCGAGGAGGAGCGCAGGGAAAAGGCCAACCAGCGGGUUCUGCUCGAGAUCGAGCGCUCUAAGACGUACAUCACGAAAGAAAACUUGGACGCAGCCAUCGAGGCCGCUUUGGCAAACCCCGUGGACCACAACUUCGCCAUCGACCUGGCUGGAAAUCUUUACAAGGGACGCAGUACCUCUCAGCUUCCAGAUGCUAAUCCCGAGCCCAACCAGCAGGUCCUAAGUAAUUAAUUGAUUGUCUUAGAUUGUUAUUGCAUAAAUUGCUUAUUUAGCUAAAAAAAGGAA